GAACCCGGAAGCUGUCGCGGAUCGGCCGCUGGUCGCUUGUCAUCCGGCUGCUGCCCUCGAACCCGGAGCCUGAGGAGAGAACCGCGUUCCCCGGGAACCCGAAGCCUUUCCCCCGCGGAUUGAGAAGCCCAGAGCGAGCAUGGCUGGUCGGCUGCCGGCCUGCGUGGUCGACUGCGGCACCGGGUACACGAAGCUGGGAUAUGCAGGAAACACAGAACCACAGUUCAUCAUCCCUUCAUGUAUCGCCAUCAAAGAAUCGGCCAAGGUCGGAGACCAGGCUCAGCGCCGGAUGAUGAAGGGCGUGGACGACCUGGACUUCUUCAUCGGGGACGAAGCCAUCGACAAACCAUCGUAUGCAACAAAGUGGCCCAUCCGUCACGGGAUAGUGGAGGACUGGGACCUGAUGGAGAGAUUCAUGGAGCAGAUCAUCUUCAAGUAUCUGCGGGCAGAACCUGAAGACCACUACUUUCUUUUGACGGAGCCUCCACUCAACACACCGGAGAACAGAGAGUACACAGCAGAGAUCAUGUUCGAGUCCUUCAACGUCCCCGGGCUCUACAUCGCUGUUCAGGCGGUUCUGGCGCUGGCGGCCUCGUGGACGUCCCGACAGGUUGGAGAACGCACGCUGACGGGAACCGUGAUCGACAGCGGAGACGGAGUCACACACGUCAUCCCAGUGGCUGAAGGCUACGUCAUCGGCAGCUGCAUCAAACACAUCCCCAUCGCUGGUCGAGACAUCACCUACUUCAUCCAGCAGCUGCUGAGGGAGCGGGAGGUGGGGAUCCCCCCCGAGCAGUCGCUGGAGACGGCUAAAGCUGUCAAGGAGCGGUUCAGCUACGUCUGCCCCGACCUGGUGAAGGAGUUCAGCAAGUACGACACCGACGGCUCCAAGUGGAUCAAACAGUUCACAGGCGUCAACUCCAUCAGCAAGAAGGAGUUCAACAUCGACGUCGGCUACGAGCGCUUCCUGGGGCCGGAGAUCUUCUUCCAUCCGGAGUUUGCAAACCCAGAUUUCACUCAGCCGAUCUCAGAGGUCGUGGACGAGGUCAUCCAGAACUGUCCCAUCGACGUCCGGCGUCCGCUCUACAAGAACAUCGUGCUCUCCGGAGGCUCCACCAUGUUCAGGGACUUCGGCCGGCGCCUGCAGAGAGACAUCAAGAGGAGCGUGGACGCUCGGCUGAAGAUGAGCGAGGAGCUCAGCGGCGGGAAGUUGAAGCCCAAACCCAUCGAUGUCCAAGUCGUCACUCAUCACAUGCAGAGAUACGCCGUCUGGUUCGGAGGAUCAAUGCUGGCGUCUACUCCUGAGUUUUACCAAGUGUGCCACACUAAGAAGGAUUACGAGGAGAUCGGGCCGAGCAUCUGCCGCCACAACCCCGUAUUCGGCGUCAUGUCUUAGGCCGGAGGAGGAAGCGGAGGAAGCGCCACAAGACCUCACACGCUGCGGAAAGUCCCAUGAGCCUUUGCACGGAAGCUCCGACAGGCCUGUUCAUUCGGAUUGAUCGACAGUGGACCAAACAAACUGCCAAUCAAAAGUGUGGCAAUCUCCUCGCAAAUCAGAGGAAAGAGGUGACUCAGCCCAAAGGUUCCUCAAAUACAAUGUUUACUGCAAGUAGGUUAAUAAUAAUAGGUGAUAAAUCUUAAAUUUGUGUGCCUCGUAUAUGUACUUAUUCUCUCCUCACAGGGUUGUGAUAUGUAAUUAAUCAACAUGAGUCCUGUGUUAAUGCACUUCUCUGUGUAGAAGGGUUGGGUUGUGGCUAUGUGUGAUAAGAAUUAAAGCUUCGGGGGUGGUCUGGAGAAUCCGGACUCGCUUAGAUCCAAGAAACAAACACCAGUGAGGCAAACGCCUUUUUGAUCAUUUAGUCUUCAAACCGGUUCAAACUCAAAAAUACAGUUUUAAACAAACAAACUAUUCCUGAUUUUCUUUUCUUCUGUUUUUCUGUGGGUGUUUAAAAUAUCUCUCGGUUCCUGGAGGAAGUAUUUAAAGUAUUUGUCUCCAGGUUUCACCGAGACAACUUGUCGUCUUUUCUCUCCACUUUUCUUUUGACCUUUUUUAUUUGUAUCACGAUCGCCCUGAAAAAGUAAAAAAAACAACAUUGUGUUAAUAUAUGAUCAUAAAGUUUGAAAGACUGUUGGUGGACCAUCACUGUUGCCUCGAUCUCAGUAAUACUGGAUAGCCUUGUACUGUACCAAAUCUGGAUUUCAAUGCUGGCAUGACAAUAAAUGCCAAGGAGACGUUU